CCCCUUUAGAAUGAGGUUGCACGACACUCUUGCAGGGUCACAAUUGAUAUUGUCCUUAUAAUCCUGAAUACUUGCACCUGAAAGUGCACAACACAUUACUCACCCAUCAUUUCAUUCGAUAGCAGCUAUGGCGCAGGCUGAAUUCCGCAAUGAGCUCGCGACAAACGAGAAGUUAGACGUUCUGGAAGAGCUGGGACGCAAGCAGUCUUCUGACCCCCCAACAUUGUGCUCGGAAUCUGACCCUUCAGAUGGCGGGCGACUGGCAUGGGCAACUGCUUUUGGAUCUUUUCUGAAUCAAUUUUGUGGCCUCGGAUACGUAGCCUCUUUUGGAGUCUACCAGGAUUUUUACACACGAAUUUAUCUAACCAACGAAUCACCGUCUACAAUAUCAUGGAUCGGUGCAUUGGGCGCGUUCCUCAUACCCAGUUGCACCUUGAUUUCUGGUCUGCUGUACGACAGAGGGUGGUUCUACCAUUUGAUGAUCGUGGGGUCGUUGCUUCAAUCACUGUCCUUGUUCGCGUUAUCUUUCGCCAAGCCUGGUCAAUUCUAUAUGAUUUUUAUGGUUCAAGGUGUCUUUUCUGGGAUUGGGAUGGGCCUGACGUAUGGUCCCUCCAUGGUGGUCAUCUCUCGGCACUUCUCCAAAAGACGUACACUGGUGAUGUCUCUCGUUGCGUCCGGUACACCACUGGGUGCCAUUAUUCAUCCGAUCAUGCUGAAUCACCUCUUGAAUGGCGCUGUUGGCUUUGCGCGAGGUGUCCGAGCUAGUGCAGGUUUUGUUAGUGCCCUGUUAUUGAUCGCCUGCUUAUCCAUGCGCACGAGAGCACUAUCGACACCAACUGCCAGCUAUAGUGCAGUGGUACGAAAAUGCUUUCGCGAGGUCCCCUUCAUCCUCAUGACAGCUGGGACCCUGCUGAGCCAGAUUGGCUUUUACUUUCCUGUAUUCUACUUACAACUGGACUCUAUCAAACAUGGGAUCAACGUCGAUUUCUCGUUCUACUCCCUUGUGAUCAUGAAUGCUGCCUGUAUCGUCGGACGUUGCACAGCAGGAAUAAUUCAAGCGUAUACGGGGUUGUUGAACUUGUUGAUCGCUGCUGCUGCCGCAUGCGGCGUCAUCAUCAUAUCAAUGAUAGCACUGGCUGACAUAUCAAGUGUGGUUGUGAUAGGCGUUGCAUAUGGCUACUUUUCUGGAGUUUAUAUCGCGGUGUUGGUCCCGUUGGUGACUAUGUUGACGCCCGACUUGUCGGAGCUAGGGGCGCGUGUGGGCUUAUGCUUCGCCUUCACCGCAUUUGGUUCAAUGCUCAGUGGUCCGAUAUCAGGCGCUUUACUUUCAUCUCAAUAUAGGUGGUGGAUACCGUCGCUCUUCAAUGGGAUCAUCUGUCUCGUUGGAAGUUUGGUGUUUGUGGCGAUGCGCUUGAUAAUACACCGGCAAAGAUAACCGGAAUCCACUCAUAGCUUGGCGCGGAAACGAGGUGAACUGUUUGUUCUUUGAGGGCU